CUUCGACGCAAGAAGCUUCCGCGUCUGUGGCUACGUUAACCACGCAAUCAAAAAAAGAUAUCUUCAUUGUCGACGGAAAUAUGCUUUUGACGAACGUGGUCUACAAUGUCACGAUGAAGUGGGGAGCUGGUUCCCAUUCUGGUUCAGACUCGAUCGACAUCAGGCGGGACACAAACUUGGAUGCCAUGCUCAACAUCUACGGAGUGCCAAGCUCGGGAACAGUGGACGUAAACGAGAAACUGGGGCUUAAGGCUGAAUUUAAAACAUGUCUUACUGUAGUUGACAUCGAGUAUUUGUGGGAGUUAUCUCCCAUCUACAACAUCCCACAGGCGAGGCAGACAAGAUCUACGUACAUACCUGCGGGCAGCUUGGCUUAUGGAACAGCCUACAACCUCACAUGCACAGUAACGUAUGCGGGUAAAGAGAUCUCGGCGACUGUGAGGUUUACUACCGAAGCUGAACCGAUAGAUCCAGCGUUUGUCAUAUCUGGUACGCCACUCUCGUUGUCACUGGCUGAAAUGAGGUUUACCGAUGACCUUAAGGUGGCCUGCGUCAAUGGAAAGAAGCCCACGGAUAUAUCGGGCUUGCUUUGCACAUGGACAUGCGAGAACAAUGUCUUCUCUCCGACCACGUUUAGCCCAUGCUUUGAGCUGGUGGAUGAUAAAGUUCAGCCACUGAAGCGGGAAGGUCAGUCUGUCGUCAUAUCGGGAGCAAGCCGCAUUGAUCCUCAAAAGUGGGACCUAAGGGAGAGGUGGACUUUGACUAUGCGACAGCUGUCAUCCAAAGAGAUGACCGUUACCAAAGAGUUUCUCUUCAAGAAGGUGCCGCUAGAAUUGAAAGCUCCGCAUUUGACGACAAAAAUCAACAAAUUAAGCGUUACGCGAACUGACACAUCGCUUGACAUCAAGGCCAGAUGCAGGCAACUGACGAGUUAUCACUGGAAUCCACCGUCAGUUAACGGUGACAUAGGUUUGCCCAUAUUAAACUUCACGAUGGUCGUUAGAGGGGACGUGAAGAAAGAGGUGGAGUAUACGGGGGAUACGUUCAUUCCAUGUGGCGUAGAGAUAGAUUUGACCUCUACCGAACUGGUUGCCAACACGACAUACAGUCUCGUGAUCGAGGUGUACAACAGUAGAGAUGACAUCCGUCUCAGUGCCAGGGAGGAAUUCGAAAUAUUUGUCAUCCCUGAACCUAUCGCUGGGAGCAUAUCGUUAUCGUACGCGGGUUCGAAGCUGACCGCCCUAACGACACCGAUAACGAUCGCGCUGGUGAACUGGUGGGACGCCGUGGAUGACCGUGGUCUCGAGUGCUGGUACUACUUCUUCGAGGACGGGACUUCGGGCGAUAAGGUCACCAACAUUAACACGUUGUCUAACCCGCUUACUCAGGGCAUCUCCAACAUAACGCUACCAGAAGGUAAGCACAAGAUUGGUGCUAAAUGCUGCAACCGUUUUGGUAUGUGUGUCAAGCAGGUCUAUGACACCGCCCUCACUGUAGCUCCCAUAGACGCGAGUGGGCUUCUUAGCGCCGUGCAAGAUGUCUUGGAGCAAGUGAGGAAAGGUGGCACAGACAGCAUUCUAAACACGAUACUGGGCCUUCUCAAGGCCACAAAAGAAGUGGGAUUGACUGGGGAGCAGGCAGCUGAGACCCAGACUACGAUAGGUGACACGUCGAAUAUGGUGAUUGGAGAUCUACUAGACAGCACGGACGGUGAUGUUGAGUCGAGCCUUAACGUUCUUGAAUCGACCUCGGAAAUCGUCAAAGCGAAUCCAAGUGGUAUAAGCGAGGAAACUAAAGCAACCAUUAUGUCAGCUAGUACAGAGGUCUCGAAGGAAAGAAUCGGGAUAGAGGAUGGCAAUCAACAGAGACGGAAGAGGUCAACAGGGUGCAGAACUUACUCGAAUCCAGCCGGCCUUCAAGAGUCAGAGGCCAUUACUCUGCUGAAAGCCUUCGACGCAACAAUUAACGAGGUCUCAAUCACCAGCAUACAGGCAAGCCUCUACCUAGAGACCAUAGAAAACAUAAUGAUUGGCUUCUGCCAAGCGUUUAGCGGAUCUUCCGCUUGGGUCGCCCCUGCCGAGAAGGUCUAUGUGCGAGAGCAUACGAUGGCGCUAGGAGACAAGGGCGGUAUGCAGCUUCCGGUUAGCUGCGAUUCGUGUGAGAGUGUUACACAUCCGACACAUCCAGCUUUGGUUUCAUACGGCGCACACCUUGGAGCCUACUUCAACGACACAUGGGCCUGUACCUCAGACACGACGUGUGACGACGUCUGCGUCGCCAGCGCGCAGCUCAAGGUGGACACCGUGACGCCGACCGCCGCUACAGAGGUCAUAGCGCCGCCGCGAAGGUCGGACCUCGUUGUCUUGAAGAUGAUCAAUCCGGAGACGUAUUGCGAGCAGGCCUUUCCGGCUCUCACCGACCCGCUAAAGGUGGAACUGACUCUGACGGGAACGAUCGAUACGGAGAAAUACUACUAUCAGUGUCUGAUGUGGGUCAAUGAGAACUGGUCGGGGUCCAAGUGUACAUCGAGUGGUGUGGUACUGGACCAGUCCUCCUCCAGGAACACAACCACGUGCAGCUGUACCACCCUCGGGAUCAUAGGUGUAUUCGAAGUAUCAAAAGAUGCUACCACUACAACAGUGGCAACAACAACUGUAGCAACAACAACUGCCGCCCCAUCAAAGACUUUAAUGGCUAACACAGAUGCCGUCGAGUAUACGUUCACUUUAAACGUUGAUUACGACACGCAUGUAAUUAACGUUGCCACAUUCAAAACGUCAAUGAAAACUCAAAUAGCGUCAAAGACCGGAGUACCUGAAGCUUGCAUCACAAAUCUCGAGUUGGCUAAAGGGUCCAUCAUUAUCUCGUUCGACCUUGUGGUCAAUGCCGGAUCAGGCACCCUUGGUCAGCUGGCGUAUGCGGUGGAGAGCGUCUUCACUUCCGGCGGAAGUGUAAUCUUCAAGUCACCGAGCGGCUUGACAUUGACUGUCGAGAGUGGGAGUUUCAAGAUUGUACAGAAGAACAUGGAUACGGGAAGCGGACAAGACAAUAAAAAGGAAACAUCAGACAAGAACAACCUGCCAAUGAUAAUCGGCGCCUCACUGGGCGGCCUAGCUAUCGUCGGCGUCGUUGUCGUCCUCGUCGUAUACAUCGUUAAAUUCAAGGUCACCAAGAGGACCCACCCGAUCACGCCCGUUUCCGCUGCGAAAUUUCCCGAUGAACCUCCGCCCGCCUAUGGGCCGACUCCGCCCCCUCCGUUCAUGUAUGAACCGCCCCCACAUGCGCACAUGACUAACAAGUGGGUGGAGAAUGAGCUGCAACAAACGCACAAGGCGAACGGGCGCCCAGUAACGCCAGUAACAAGAGCGGAGGUUCCUUUGAGAAGAAGCGACUUCUUCAGAAAUCCAGGGACACCCAUUGGAUAGUAGACUGUUAUGUGGAAAGAAAGCGCAAACAUCACAAAUAGUGUGGGGAUAAACGGUUAUCAGCUGGAAGUUAUUUUUUGAUGAAAUGAAAUUUUAUUGAGAUUUCUUUGUAAUAAAAUAAAAUCAAAUGAAAAAAUCCUGCGGAUCGGAAUAAUGAGGCUUAAUAUUUUAGUAAAAUUACUUUCAAUUUGGUAUGUGCUUUCUUAACAAGGACUUACGUUGGGAAAAACGCGGCUAUGUGCAAUGGACCAUGAGAUACGUUUUAUAAUUAUCUUGUAGAAGUGCUUCUUCCUGAUAUUUUAAUUUAAUCGUUUAUCAUUGAAAUUAAUUUAAAAGCGGGAAUAUUUGAACAUACGAUUUUGAAAAUAUAUAGUGAAGUGAUCAAAAGGAGAAGUUAAUUUAAUUAAAAGGGUACUUUAAGACACUACAUGUAAUAAUAUACUAUAAAGUGAACCUGUUACUAGUAUUUGAACGCCCGCUCAUAAUUAUAAUAAAGAACAACAAAGUUAUGCUGUGACUUUUAUAAUGUGCGUAUAAAUAAGUUGAAAUUUAUUUACUUUAUUAAACUUUCUUUCUUGUGAAGAAUUAUAAUUAACGUAUUUAUUUCUAUUUAUUCUAGUUCUGAAUCGCGCACAAUCACCAAGUUUAAUCAUUGUUGAUUGCUCGAGAACAUAACGUCUUUUCUAAAACAGGUGAACAAACAUCCCAUUAGGGAGAGAAAUACUUACAUGUAACUGUUGCUAGAAGUGUAAUUUUUAACGUAUGUUGUAUAAUGAACAAUAAGGUAUGCAUUAAAAAGUAAGAAAAUAAUAUCAUGACAACCACAUGUUGUUUGAUUUUACUUGUGGGUGAAAUUUAAGCUGAUUUGCUCUAUGAUGAACGCAUACUUUAUACUCAGUAAAUAUACAGUGAGGUAAUAAAACCAUGCACAUUAGUACAUUACAAUUUCCUAUUCUUAACAUGCUGUUUACCUACUUUUAGUGAAAUAAAAUAAAUCUUUUA